AAGUCGUCUGCUGCUUCCGGUUGGUUACAAGGACGACCAACAUGUUACUUUGUCGGUCAUGUGUGGGAGUUGUUCAAAAGCAGAAAAGUCUUCUAUAUACGAUGGCUCAAAAAUGUAUAAGAAGUAUCCACUCUCUAAGACCAAGUAUGAUUUUUAAAGUUAAAAUUAUUUUCUCUAAUGUCAGACAUACGACCUGCCAACAUCAUUCAACGCAGUUACUACAAGAAAUCUGUUAUCGAGCUUUGUCAACGAGCGUCUUACUCCAAAGGUCGUCAGAUAUAAACGCCAACAAAUUUCAGCGACCAAUAGCGCAGACUACAAUAAGUGAAGAAGAAGUAAACAAAUUCUCAAAACUGGCAGAGCUGUGGUGGGACGAAUCAGGGGAGUUUGAGGCUUUGCACACCAUGAACGAACUUCGCGUUCCUCUCAUUCGAGAUGCACUGGUUAGCGUUCGGCAGGAUGCCUCAGACUCCAAAAUAAAAGCCACACACCCACUCGAGGGCAAUAAAAUUUUAGAUGUUGGCAGUGGCGGUGGAAUUCUGACAGAGCCCCUAGCUCGUCUUGGUGCAUUUGUAAUUGGAGUGGAUGCAUCUGAAGAAAAUAUAAAGACUGCACAAGCACAUAUCAUGCAUGAUCAAAAACUGGCACAAAACAUCAAAUACAUUCAGGCUGCUGUGGAAGAUUUGGUCCCUACAGAAGAGGAAAGCUUUGAUGCUGUUAUUGCUUCUGAGGUUGUUGAACAUGUCGCUGAUGCAUCAACUUUUAUAAGAUCAUGUUGCCAGCUUGUAAAGCCGGGGGGUUCAAUCUUCAUCACCACCCUGAAUAAAACGUUACUGUCCCUUGCCCUUGGUGUGUAUGGAGCAGAAACUUUGCUACGUCUUGUUCCCCCUGGUACUCAUGACUGGAACAAGUUUAUAUCUCCAACAGAUCUUCAGUUCUUAUUAAGUAAAAACAAAUUUUCAACAAGGUUGCUGCAUGGAAUGAUGUACAAUCCUCUGACAAAGAGAUGGUCUUGGGUCAAUGACACCAGCAUAAACUAUGCAAUUCAUGCUGUGAAGUCCUCAUGAAAUCUGGCAUGAAAUGUAAUGAAAAUGAUGGUGACUCUACUGGUGAAGUGCACGAGGGGUGUGUGAUGCAUCUAAGGGUCUGCAAUAAUUUGAAAAUGUUGAAACAUUCAUGUAAACCAAGAAAGAACUUGAAAGAAAUUCACUUUUGAACAAUUUAAUGGUUAUCAACUACAACAUAAUGCAGCCAAUGAUAUAUUUUGAUGUUUUAUUUUAACAGAGAGAAGGUUUAAUCAUGUAUCAUGACAUGCAUGUUUUGAAUUAAGAAAAUUUACAAAUACUGAUGUUAACAGUAAGAGUGUAUAUCCCCUAAAACCAUUCUCUUUCACUCACACAUGUAUCACACAUCUUUGCUGGAUCCUGGCCUAUUUCUUUGAACUUCACUUCCCCUACAUCUCGGCGAGAAUUUCUUUGUCUGAUGACUGUAUCCAACUAUUCCUGUCACCAGAACAAUAACAUACAGUCACUGGAUAUUUCUCUUUCCCUUUCCAGAUCUGCCACCUAUCUACAAUUGUCCUUCAAAUCCACACUGAAAACACACCUUGUACUUGAGUAUUACUCCUAAUGCAGUCCACACGAUGCUUUUCCUUUUCACCCUCCCACUUCUCCUCUUUUGAUGCUUUCCUACUUUCUUUUCUUUACAGGAUCAUGAUUUUCUCAGUUCUUGUUGCUCAGUUCCUCUGUGUGUUUUAUAUACUUGUCUUCUAUUUGUCAUCAGUACUGUUCUUUAUUCUUACAUCCCUUUAUGUUGUCCAUGUCUCAUUCCUGUUGUAAGUGCUAAGAGCAUGCUCUGUGGGAGUGUGAAUAAGCACUACAUAAAUAUUCAUUUAUUGUCAGAGGGAAUCAUUUCAUCUAAUGUGAGCUUACUGCUCAGGACUGCAGAAGCAAACUUUUAUUAUUCUUGGGGAUUUAGUUGGAUGUCUAUGAAAGACUCCUGCAUGUGUGCCGAGUCUUAUGAAUUUUGAUGUAUAUAAAACCAUUGUGUGCUUACUUUUGAUUUUGUAAUAAUCAUAAUUUUUUUCUACCGUAAACUGCUGUAUGUUGUUUCUUGCUUGUGCAUGCAAUUGAAAGGUAGGUGACUGCGAGAGUCUGCGGACAUGCGAAGUGGUUGAGUAAAUACAUGAAUGGUGGACGCUAGGUGUAAGACAAGCCAGCAGACAUGUUUCCUUUCCCCUCAGACUGUCCAGCACCCCACCUUCUCCAUGUAGCAUUUGUCAAGCUAUUGGUAGUAAUGAAUUAACACAUAUAAGGUUUGUUAAAUGUGUGUUAGCAAGAAUAUGCCUCGAUUUUUUUUUAUUUUUUUUUUGGUGAGGUGUUAUGCAUGGGCAGGAUAGAGAGGGCAGGUGAUGUACACUAGUAUAAAUUUUUAAAGGCUUUGAAAAUUAAUUUUUCCUCACAUUACAACAGCUGAUUAGUGAAAUUAGUUUUCAAAUAAUACAAGUCAUAAAAGAUGUUUUGUUAAAUGGUUCUUAUUUUCAGAAGUGUUAUUUCUUAUUUGAGAUUGCACACAGUAUACCAGAGAAGCACAAAAGUUUAUCUUUAAAUGUUUAUUUGAUUGAUUAUUAAAAAAUAUUAAAAUUCAAAAAGACACUUUUGUUCAUUACAUUGGAUCAUUAUUCACUAUCAAAAACACCUUUGAAAUGAACAAAACAUGAGUAAUGCUCUUAAACUUGAUCACAUUAGUUACAGCUGAACCUUAAAAACAUGUAAACAACAAUAAACAAUCCAUAGUUCUUGUGGUUGUACAUCACAUAACAUUUUGGCACUGUGGCACAUUAUAACACAACAUAUCAAGAUUUUCAGUAUUUCAACGACUGUCUUUGGUAUCUCUUGAAAGUAUGCAAAACAUUUGAUUUGUGCUCAUUUCUAGCAAGACCAGUGCUGCUUGUGUUUAAAUAUAUAUAUAUCAAAUGAUUU